GGCCUGUUGGGGGGGCGUUGCCCUGUCCCUUUAAAUCUCCCAGCUCCCUCCUCUUUGCCCCUCCUGAGAGCCAAUCAGCAGAGAUCUGUUUCCUUUUGCCCCGCCCCACGGCAAGGGGUGGGAACCCCAGGAGACCUGGCCCCAGGGUCACGUGAGUUGGCUCGUCACGUGGGCGCGGGAGGGGUGUAGAGGGGAGCCGGGCGGGAGACCGCGGAUUUCUUAAUGAAGUGUCCCCGCAUGCGUAGAGGGAACGUAGGGAGGGAGGUGGAAGCACCCGGAGGAGGAGGGGAGGGGAGGAGAGGGAAGGGAGGAGGGAUGGGGGAGGGGAAAAGGGAGCGAGGUGUCUCCCUAGCUCGCUGCCUCUGGCAAGUGGAGUUUUUAAAAAGCUCGAGCAGAUCAUGUCAUGACGACUUCGCUGCUCUUGCAUCCGCGCUGGCCGGAGAGCCUUAUGUACGUCUAUGAGGACAGCGCGGCGGAGAGCGGCAGCGGAGGCGGCGGCGGGGGAGGCGGCGGCGCGGGCGGCGCGGGGGGCGGCUGCAGCGGAGCGAGCCCCAGCAAAGCCCCUAGCAUGGACGGGCUGGGCAGCAGCUGCCCGGCCAGCCACUGCCGCGACCUGCUUCCACACCCCGUGCUGGGCCGCCCGCCGGCUCCCCUGGGCGCCCCACAGGGCGCUGUCUACACGGACAUCCCGGCCCCGGAGGCGGCGCGCCAGUGCGCCCCGCCGCCAGCGCCCCCCACCUCGUCCAGCGCCACCCUGGGCUACGGCUACCCGUUCGGUGGCAGCUACUACGGCUGCCGCCUGUCGCACAACGUGAACCUGCAGCAAAAGCCUUGCGCCUACCACCCGGGCGAUAAAUACCCGGAGCCGUCGGGCGCCCUGCCCGGUGACGACCUGUCCUCCAGAGCCAAGGAGUUCGCCUUCUACCCCAGCUUCGCCAGCUCCUACCAGGCGAUGCCCAGCUACCUGGACGUGUCGGUGGUGCCUGGGAUCAGCGGGCACCCGGAGCCGCGUCACGAUGCGCUCAUCCCCGUCGAAGGCUACCAGCAUUGGGCUCUCUCCAACGGCUGGGACAGUCAGGUGUAUUGCUCCAAGGAGCAGUCGCAGUCCGCCCACCUCUGGAAGUCUCCCUUUCCAGACGUGGUUCCCCUACAGCCCGAGGUGAGCAGCUACCGGCGCGGGCGCAAGAAGCGUGUGCCCUACACCAAGGUGCAGCUGAAGGAGCUAGAGAAGGAGUACGCUGCCAGCAAGUUCAUCACCAAAGAGAAGCGCCGGCGCAUCUCUGCCACCACGAACCUCUCCGAGCGCCAGGUCACCAUCUGGUUCCAGAACCGACGGGUCAAAGAGAAGAAGGUGGUCAGCAAAUCGAAAGCGCCUCAUCUCCACUCCACCUGACCGCCCAUCCGCCCCCCACCCCGUCUAUUUAUGUCGCCGCUUUGUACCAUUACCAAACCCAACGAAGGACGCUUUGCCGGUGCAGACGAAUAUUUAAUGUUAACAAGAAAGAGGGACUGCGCCGCGGGAGGCAGAGAGGAUUGGAGGGCGCACUCUGCAGCCCCCUAUUCCCCACCCCAUCCUCAACCCCCAACCGCCAUGCAGAUGGGACCUCGCAGGCCUCAGCACCUUUGGAGGUGGGUUGGGGUGGGCUGUGGGAGGCAGGUUCACGGCCUCCACUCUCCUUUGCCCUCAUCCCUCACCCUGCCAGAAAGCUGACUGGUAGGGGGCAAAGAUCCCGAUCAUUCCAACCAAAGCAGGGUUGGGGAACCCCGAAUGACCCUAUUCUUGCCUCAUCCUUUGCCCAGGUAGGUUGAUGACCCUCCUGAGGGUGGGGCCCCUGUGCAGGACCUGGCAAGCUCAUACUGUCCUUCUAGUUCCUCCUCCUGUUCCCUGUCCCUCCCGCACUCCUUAGUUAGCCAAGAUUUCCCAGGUAAGAUUUUCUGUGCAUAUUUUAAAAGUCGCGUUAAUAUUAAUGAUAACUGUUAGGGAUCUGGCAUCGUGAUUGGAGUACAGACAGCGCAUAGGUUUUCUUUCUUUCCUGUUUCAACAAAAGCUGGAAUUGGUGGAGGAGCUGCCUACCCUCACCUCAGUCAGGAAACUGAAUUUCUCCGGAGCCGACUUUGCCCCCACUGCCUCCUCUGUUCUGCUCUCUCAGUCAAUGUGCAGAAAUCCAUGGAGGAUGGAAACUCCAACCACGCUGCUAAAUGUCUGUCUACUGUCUGUCUGUCUCUCUCUCUCCGUCUCCCUCCCUGCCCUUCUCUCUCUCUGCUGGGGAUCAGGCCAGGCACAGAAGCAGAACGUUUUUCUAAGGAAAGGACAAACUUCUCUUCCAUGGGGAUGGAGAGUGGGUCCCCCAGCAGAGCCCCUCUCCAGUUGCUUCUCCAUGGAGGCAGUCACUGAAGAGAGAGCCUCACACUCACUUUUACUGAUUGUUCGGAGGAAAGCAGUUUUCUUCCGGGAGGCCAAAAUAACCAGCCCCCAAUUAACCAGCUAAUGUAGACGCUGCCUAACAUAUCCCUCCUCAAAGGCCGACUUGCUGCUGAGGGGGGAGGUCCCUCACCUUCUCCCUUCCCACUGGUGCAUUACAAAACAGUGUUCUUUUGAAAUGUUCAUCAGAAAUAGGCUUUUUUAAAAUGUUGUGUAUCUGUAUAUAGUAUUGUGAUGUCUGAAUGACAAUGUACUGAAUGCAAAAAGGAAAAAAAACCC